GCGCAUAAAAAAAAUGGCAAAAGGUCCUCAGCUGUUCACUUCUUAGGGCGCGUGCUCACCCCAGGCAUGGCCGAACGGCUCUCCUCCUCCACUUCCGUCUCUUGCAUCGGCGCAUGCUUAAUCCGCUCGGCAUCCAAGCGGAACAUGAUCCGAUCAGCUCUCCCCCUUUUGUCCCCUCGCGUUCUGCCCUCCUUUCGAUCUGUCGUCGUUCCCCCCCGUUCGUCGGCGCUCGACCCUGCUUGUCUCCGCUUCUUCCAGAGGGCUGGUGGACGCUCGCUUAGCUCGUCCACCUGGUCAGCAGCGGCGGUGAGAUCUGCGGCUUCGGAUUCAGCGCAGCUUAGGAGCGCGAGGGAAGAUAUUCGAGAGCUUCUUAAGACAAAGUUUUGCCAUCCGAUACUGGUUCGCUUGGGAUGGCAUGAUGCUGGGACAUAUGACAAGAACAUCGAAGAGUGGCCACAAAGGGGUGGAGCUAAUGGAAGCUUGAGAUUUGAUAUAGAGCUGAAACAUGGAGCUAAUGCUGGCCUUGUAAAUGCUUUGAAGCUUCUUCAGCCUAUCAAGGAUAAGUACUCUGGUGUAACGUAUGCUGAUUUAUUUCAGCUAGCUAGUGCCACAGCUAUUGAGGAAGCUGGUGGACCCAAAAUUUCAAUGAAGUAUGGAAGAGUUGAUGUCACCGGACCUGAGCAAUGUCCUGUAGAAGGCAAACUUCCUGCUGCUGGGCCACCAUCUCCUGCAGAUCAUUUGCGGGAAGUUUUUUAUAGAAUGGGAUUGAAUGACAAGGAAAUAGUAGCAUUAUCGGGUGCACAUACUUUGGGAAGGUCUAGACCUGAGCGUAGUGGUUGGGGUAAACCAGAGACAAAGUAUACAAAAAAUGGGCCUGGAGCACCUGGAGGACAGUCAUGGACGGUACAAUGGCUGAAGUUUGAUAAUAGUUACUUCAAAGAUAUAAAAGAGCGGAAGGAUGAGGAUCUUCUUGUUUUGCCUACUGAUGCCGUAUUAUUUGACGAUCCUUCCUUCAAGAUCUAUUCUGAGAAAUACGCCAAGGAUCAGGAUUCUUUCUUUAAGGACUAUGCUGAAGCACAUUCCAAGCUCAGUAAUCUCGGUGCAAAAUUUGAUCCAUCGGAGGGAAUCUCUAUAGAUGAUGACACAAAGGGAUCAACUCCUGAGCCAUUUCAAGCUGCAAAAUAUUCAUCUGGAAAGAGAGAACUGUCGGAUGCUAUGAAAGAGAAGAUGAGGAGGGAGUAUGAAGCAGUUGGGGGCAGCCCAGAUAAGCCCCUUAAAUCUAAUUACUUCCUCAAUAUCAUGAUAGUUGUUGCUCUGCUUGCAUUUUUGACAUCUCUGAUUGGAAACUGAAUUUUGCUUUGACACUUGUUUCCUGUUUUUUGGGCGAUAAAGUUUGAAAAAUAAUUUGAUUUUGUCGACCAUGUGUUUUUCUGAUUUCUUAUGUUAUAGUGGGAUUUAAAUACAUGCCACCUAAUUCUUCUCAAUUAUCUCAUCUAUCACCUUCGUUAUCUUCUGCCUUCUUUCCGUUUCGGCAAGCUUACAAUUCAACGGCGGAAUGACGACAUACAUUGACCCUGGAAACUUCCUUCACUCUGCCUCAAGUCCCAUUUUUCCUCCCGUUUUCUUCCCUCUCAUCUCACCCGUCUUUGUUUGCUUCAGCCCAUUUAAUCCUGUCAAUCCAUGGAUUUGGAUCUAAAGCAAAAUGGAGGAGAAACGGGAAAUAUGGGACUUUC